AUGCUAUUUUGUAUUGGAUCACUCACUUUGAUAUUUAUUAGUACAUUUGGUAUAAUAGUGAACCUUUUCUGUCUAUUCAAGUUCCUUUCAAAACCUGGGAAAUUCAAUGGAUUCUACAAAUUAUGCAUAGUCAAAACAAUCCCAAACAUUGUUAUAUGUGCGAGUUUUUUGUUUUGGGGUGGUCCAUUGACCCUAUUCCAAGUUCCAUUGAAGGAUAUACCAAGGAGUGUGAAUACAUUAAUGGGACAGAUCGCAGGAUCUGGAGCGUAUGUCUUAGCACCAAUAAUUCAAUGUUUAAUGGCUUCUAACCGAUUUUUCCUGUUGUAUAUACCUUUUUGGAAGUUCAAAUUUGAAAAAUAUCCGAUUACUCAUUUUGCGAUUUUUGUGGGAUUUGCAAUAGCUGUAACUUGCUCAGUUUUGGGUUAUGAACAAUCAUGCGGCUACAUUUUCGAUCCUGAAAUGCUUGUAUGGCGUUCUGAGUACUUGAACUGUUCUGAAAGUCAAUCAGCCAUAAUUUUUGGAUGUAUAGUAGUGCCUACAGUAAUCUCGAAUGGUUUGAACCUAUCGUCAGCAGCAAAAUUGAUAUUUGGAAAAGUGACAGGGAUAACGAAGUCGGAUGAAAGGAAGCGGAGGAGAAAAUGGAUUCGUAUGUUUUUGCAGAACGUCUUCCAAGACUGCCUCCACGUCAUCGAUCUUGUCAACUGCCGUUACAUCUACGCCCUCCGUGAUGAGACCUGGUUCCAAUUCAUCUUCCUCUCCGUCUCAUUUGUUUUGAUCUACUCUCUAGAUGGGUAUGUUCCUUUAAAACCGGUUUUACAAUAUGCAAUCUUCUAG